GUGCAGCCCCAGCGCGGACGCACGCACGCACGCACGGCGGGCGCGCGCACGCACACGUCUGCGCGGCCGCAAGCGUGUGCCCCCCGGGACGGUCGCUGUGGUAUUAGAGUUCGAGAGUCGGCGGAGAGGCCAGCACAGUCGCCAGCAUGUCGUACAUGCUCCCGCACUUGCACAACGGCUGGCAGGUGGACCAGGCCAUCCUUUCGGAAGAAGACCGGGUGGUCGUCAUUCGCUUCGGGCACGAUUGGGAUCCUACGUGCAUGAAAAUGGACGAGGUUCUGUACAGCAUCGCGGAGAAGGUUAAAAACUUUGCAGUUAUUUACCUUGUGGACAUCACAGAGGUGCCUGACUUCAAUAAGAUGUACGAGCUGUACGACCCGUGCACGGUCAUGUUCUUCUUCAGGAACAAGCACAUCAUGAUCGACCUCGGCACCGGCAACAACAACAAGAUCAACUGGGCCAUGGAGGACAAGCAGGAGAUGAUAGACAUCAUUGAGACCGUGUACCGCGGUGCCCGGAAGGGCCGCGGCCUGGUCGUGUCUCCGAAGGACUACUCCACGAAAUACCGAUACUGAGCGCCUGCUGUGGGCGGGGCAUGUGCGCUGGGCAGCCCUUCUCCUGUGGAGACGGGCGGGACUCAAAGCCUUUUCGGAGGAGUUUGGGGGAGGACGGGCCUGCGUGGCCUCAACCCGGAGUUGGCCUGGUGGCCAUACGUUCAUAUUUGCAGACGUCUGUAAAUAUCCAGCUGAAGUAAACAAGUGUGUGGUGAUGGGGACGUCCUGGUGGUUGGAUUCUUGUGUAGGUCAUAGGCUUGGGAGGAGCUUAGUUCUCUAGCCCUGGAGUGAAGGUCAGGGGGUGCCCUGUGACUGCUCGGUUUUGCCUCCCUGGUGGUGAGGUCUCUGUUUCCCGGGCUGCUGGAGUGAAGGGCCAGAACCUGGGCCACCUGGCAGACGUUCCUGUCUCAACAGCCUGGAGACCGGACAUUGGGGCCCCAGGCAUCCCCCAGCCCACCCCAGUCUCAGCUCUCAUUUUAUCUAGGCCUCCCUGAGUUGUGUCUGUGUUCAGAUUUCUUUUUUUAAAUUAUUUUUACAGAGAAACGUUGAUUUGUUGUCCCACUUGCUGACGCAUUCAUUGUUUGAGUCUUGUAUUGUGCUCUGACCAAGGAUUGAACACACAACCCUCACGUAUCGGGACAGUGCUCUAAACAACUGAGCUACCCAACCAGGGCUAAAUGCCCCCUUUGUAAGGACACCGGCACUGGAUGAAGGCCGCCUGACUCCAGUGUGACAUCCUGAGUAAUCGCAUCUGCAACAUCCCAUGUCCACUAAGGUCACAUCCUCAGGUCCCAACACAUGUAUCCAGGGUGGGAGGGUGUAUGCCCUGCAACCCAUAACAGAAUCCAAAAGUGUCUUCUGGUUAUGAAAACAGUGCAAUAAAAUGAUUUGGGAGGCCUUUCUUUUAAA